AUGGCUGCUUGCGUCGUUCUGUUCGAAAGAGGGGAGGUUCCGGUGGUGGAAAAGAUUCUUAAAGCACAGACUGCAGGGGCGGUCGGGGUAAUUGUCGUUGACAACGGCGGCUGCGACGACGGGCUCGUCGACUGCGGCCGGCUGGGCGGCGCCCGGGACGGGGGUUUCGCGAAGCGGGACGGCGUGCACGCUUGGUCGGGGGUGAAGAUUCCGGCGGUGAUGGUGUCGGCGGCGGACGGGGAGAGGUUCAGAGGGAUGAUGCUCCUGCAGAAGAUCGUGGUGGAAGGGCUAGGGGAGCAGCUAGUGCAGCGGUAG